CAAGUCCAACACGCUUUUUUAAUCAACAAAAUCCUCGUGAACCUCUUUCGUUUUCUACUCUCUCUCUCAUGGCUUCCGAGCAGUACGGUGCCGUUUUUGAGGAAUCUCAGGACGACGACGAGGAACCCUCUUCCUCCGGCAACGACGACGUGCUCAACGGUAACGACGAAGAGGACGAGGAGUUGUUAGAAGAAGAAGAGGAAGAAGAUUUUAAUUCCCCCUCUUUGCUACCUCAACCGAUUGCCGCAGUCGUACCCUCCGCCUCAAUCCCCGCCGUUCCUCUUGCGGUUCCUUCAUCCACCGUCGUGACUGUUGCUUCUGUUCCUCUCGGGGGUUCGAUUCCCGACUCUAAACGCCAACGGAUUGAUUCCGCCGUCUCCGAGAAAAAACCUCCUCCGCCGCAACAAUUCGACGAAUCGCGGCGGUUAUUUCAACGUUUAUGGACUGAUGAAGACGAGAUCGAGCUUCUCAAAGGAUUUCUCGAUUACACGACUUCGAAAACCAACUCUAAUUCUUCUCACCAUCACCAUCACGAUACGGCGUUGUUUUACGAUCUAAUCAAAUCGAAACUCCAGCUCGAUUUCAACAAGAAUCAGUUAGUCGAGAAGCUUCGAAGAUUGAAGAAGAAAUAUAGGAACGUGAUGAAUAAGAUCAAUUCAGGUAAAGAAUUUUCCUUCAAAAGCCCUCAUGAUCAAGCUACUUUUGAAAUUUCUAGAAAGAUCUGGAGUAGUAGUGUUGGCAAAGUAGAAGAUAAUGUUUUAGAUUAUGAUGAAAAUAAUAUUACUCCUCCUACUACUACUAACAUCAAUUUACUCGAUGAAAGUGGAGAGAAAAAGAAUCUUACUCCAAAAUCCGCAGCCAAUAAGAGAAGGUCAAGGAGUAAAGGAGGGAAACUGGAAGAGAAAAGAGUUUUAAAUGAUGGGUUUGUGAUUUCUAACAAUAAUUUUAAUAAUAGGAGUGAUCAUGACCAGGGUAAUGUGGAAGGACUGGGUGGCGGUGGCGGUGGUGCUGGAGGAGAAAGAGGAAACCUGACAGCAGUAGUAGAGGAGACGGUGAAGAGUUGUUUAACACCCGUGUUUAAGGAGUUGUUAGGUAGUUUAAUUGGAGGAGGGGGAGGAGGGGGAAGAGGGAUUAGUGGAAUGGCUAUGAAUGCUAUGCCAUUGAGUUUUGGCGGAACUUUGAAUUUUGGUGGCGGUGGUGGAGGUAAUGUGGAGUUCAUGGAUGAGAGGUGGAGGAAGCAGCAAAUAUUGGAGUUGGAAGUUUAUUCUAAGCGGUUGGAGUUGGUGCAAGAUCAGAUUAAGGUGGCUCUGGAGGAGCUUCGGUCGAUUGGAGGGUGAUUUCUGAGUACGGGUGCUUAUUAGUUAUUUCCGUGAAAGGUUUCUUUUCUUUUCAUUGAUGGAUCAGCUGAUAGUGUAGGGGAGUAACUGGUUUUUCUUAGUUUGGUUUUGGGUUUUCUUUCUUCUUUGCUUAUUUGAUAGAAAUGAACAGUUAUCGGAAUAAUGAUUUAUAAUUAUUUAGUCUUUGAAUCAAUAGUUUGUUCUAGUUGUUCUCAUUUGUGUAUAUAUGGUUUUUAUACAUGGGUUGGGAUGACUUGCUUAGAAAUAAAAGACAGAUGUUAUCGUUCAUUUAAUGCAAAUGUGCAAGAUCUAACAUUGUAGAAUUUGUUGAACGGAUUCAACAACAGUUUACUAUUUUACUA